AUGGGCGCGCAGAGUCCCUCCACGAACAACGUCCACCCACCAGAGCUCUCGCCUCUUUUUCCCCAACAGCACGCGCAAAGGGAGCGUAGACUAAACGCCCUUACUACAUCCAUCACGAUGCUCGAAUCGCAGAUAGCCGAGGCUGAAGCCGAGAUUGCGGAAAUCAAAUCAUCCCUAAAAGGUGAUCCGGCGACAACGGUUCAACGGCAUAUCCGUCUUCUCCAUGAGUACAACGAGAUCAAGGACAUCGGACAAGGCUUAAUGGGUCUCAUUGCGGAAGCGCGAGGAGUGCGUCAGAUCGACGUGCAGCGAGAGUAUGGUGUAGGGGAUCGAGAUUGA